UGCCUGUUGAUCAUGAUGUACUGUAACAACGGAAUAACAGCUUCAGAGGACUGUUUCCUCCGUUUUAUAGUCCAAGAAGAUGAUGAAUGUGAACGACAUGCAAGAAAUGAAAGCCCGAGUGAUUCUCCUAGCAGAAUCUAUAAGGGAACCCAAAGCAACAGUACUAAUAAAGUUAAUAAUUGUAACAAACGUAACAGUCAGUGUGGAAGUGGAUGUUUUCAGCUUGACCAUGCCAAUGACUUACAUUCUAAUGCUUCAAGAAGAGCUAGCAGCAAUAGCAGCAGUUGUUCAGAACAGAACAACUGUGGAAGUGCUCAGAAGUUGUACAGUGAAGACUUUGACACAGUCUCUUCAGAAAGUGUUAGUAGUAACAGUAGCAGGAGCAGUCAUUUAGACCAACCAGAAACCAAAAAGGAGGAAUUACCAAAGGAGAAAAAGGAAAAUAGUCACCAAGCAAAAGGAGGAAAGAAGCUACCUAAGAAGAAACAACAGAAAAAGACUUCUUUUGCUUGUGACAGAAAUUCCCAGAAGAAGAGUAAUGUGGCUCGCCGCGUAUUGUCAGCCAGACUUCAUCAAGUUAAGGAACUGAAAAACGAAGUGUGUGUUUUGAAGAAUAAAUUGGAAGCAUCCAAUAUGGAAAACCAGCUUUUGAAGCGUCUCCAGUACCGACAUUUAAAAGUAAUAGCGAAAUAUGAAAAUGCGGAGACUAACCUGCCUGAUCUGUUGGAAAAACACUGUGGAGAAGUGAGGACUCUAAGAGUGCUUCUCGGGAAGUCUCAGGAAAAGGAGCGCAAUACAUCCAGGAAGCUUAGAGAAGUUGAAAUACAACUGCUAAAGACGAAAGAUGCUUUCCAGGCACUGCAGACUCUUAGUGAAGACAAGAAUCUUACUGAGAGAGGGGAACUUCAGCUCAGAUUAAGAGCCCUUACUGAAAGUAAAGAAGCCGGUGAUAAGAGAAUUCAGUGUCUGGAAAAGGAGCUGCUGCUGAAUAAAACCUCCUUUAGUCAUCAGUUAGCUGCUGAGAAGAAAAAGUCAGUAAAAGUUCAGAUUAAUUCCACGAAUCUUCAAAUGGAAAUUAUAUCACUUAAUCAAAAAAUUAAGGAACAAGCACGAGAAAUUAGCAUAAAAAAUAUUUAUGCAAACCGGCUACAUAAAAGUCAACAAGACAAAUGUGACCUUGAGUCUUCCCCCAAAGAUGUUAAUAUAAGCAAAGCAGUACAAGCAGAUAAAAGUAUUAAAGUAGAAACAAUGACCCCACUUGAAAAGCAUGAGACAGAGAAAAGUGCAGUUUUAAAAGAGGAGAAGACAACACAAGAUUCAAAACAAAAACUAUGUGAUGUGCAUGAAGAGACAGAACUAAAAUCAGAAGUUCAUCAAAUUGAAAAAUCUCCAAAGCAAGAAGCUUCAAAUAUAACAUGCAAAGAACUGUUAAGGGAAGAAAUAUGUCCAAAGGAAGAAAAAUAUUUCAGUUGUGAAUACAUAGGACAAAAGACAAGGAGAGACAUGCAAAGAUUAAAUGCUGACAUUCUGAAAGAUGAACUUGAGAAAUUAAUGGGAGAAGGAUCUUUUCAUCCUAAUGAUGUCAUGAAAAAUAAAAAUAAUCUGGAGGAAGAUAUAGUGGAAAAGCAAAACAAUGAGGAAUGCAAGGAAGGUGGUGAGAAAACAGCAAAAGAAACAGAUCAUGAUAAGCUGGCAGUACAAAGACACAAAAUGUCAUCUAAAUUAAAGAAACAGUAUGUGUUUUCAGAGGUCAUUGAAAAUUUGCACCAAGGACUUCCAUCGUCAGGUCCCAUAUCCAAUACAAGCACUUUCUGCAAUAGUAGACAGGGGAGCAGGCACCAAAUUGAAAUAAUGGGGGGAAAUUCAAUUAAUACCUAUGAACCCUCAUUUGGUAAUGCUACCAAAACAAGGCAGGACACUUUUUCAACACACAGUGAAGGCCACACUCCUACAGUGUCAAUGGAGAAGAAGAAAACUCUUAUGGAAGAACUCUUUGGUCCAAGCUGUAUCUUAAAAGACAGUCAUCAAAAUCUGAAAGAGCUGAGCAAGCGAAAAAAAACUCGGCAGAGUGAAAUGAUGUAUGAAAUCGAUAGCUUGCACUGUGGCGAUUCCAAACAAAACCAAAUAAAGGUUUUACCUGCAACUGCUACUUUGGAGGACCCUAAUUAA